AUGCGAGUGCAUAAAGCGGUAUGGCAUUUUGCUGCAACCGGAGGAAAUGACUACACUCGUCGAUACGCAAUAAAUCGAUUAGAGCGUGACGACACUAUGCAGAUCGAGCGCGAUUCCAAGUUUUUGCGUGGAUGGGGUGGAAUGCGUCUUCGCUCAGCAUGGCAUAAGCUUGGAGAUACAGAGUGCAAGCGUCGAAUGCUAGAGACCUCAGACGACACAUUUCCAAAAGCACGAACGAAAUCCUUGAUGAACGAAAACGGGGAAAACUGGUGUCCCCCUCAAGACCAUCUUGCUCCGGUCAUUCAUGUUAGUGACGACAUUGCGAACGAGCUGAACCCGAACAACCUGGAGCUACUGAAGAAUCGGACUGUGCGAAUGGCAAUUGCUCGUUCAUCAUACUACGACGUACUGGCUAGUGAACACAUGCUGCGGAUUCACGACUCGUACAACAGUGGCAGUCUUGUGGGAGUUAUGCAGGCUACACUCGAGAGCAUCAAAUACGCAAUCGUCUUGGCAAAGGUGAAAUACAACCCACGGACAUCCGAAGAAGCAUUUGAUGCGGUACCCGCUUUUGAACCCGAUUCAGACUACGACCAGCCGGAACCAAGCUUUGCCGAAACACAGAUUCGCAAAGUGAAGAAUAACUACGAUGAGGCUAAAAGCAUCUUAAACGAUCUGUUCGAAACACUAGGGGUCAACCUACCCAAGGCCGUAGAGAUUGGAACGCCAGGAUCCAAGUUCUUCGGAACUUGUAACUCAGUAAUUUGGUAG